AUGGAGUGGUUGUUUCUCUGUCUUGUUACAUUACUCUUAUCUCUUUGUACCAGCCAAGACAAUUUAGUACCUGGAAAAUCUAUCACUGAGAACCAGACCUUGACUUGUACCACAGGAACAUUCGCAUUAGGCUUUUUCAGACCUGAAAAUUCCACCAAAUACUUCCUUGGUAUAUGGUACAACACAAUCCCAGAUACACCAGUAGUAUGGGUUGCCAACAGAGAAUCCCCACUUGAUUCUCCGGGUGUUUUCAUGCUCGUCUGUGAUGGAAAUCUGGUGGUGUUAGAUGGGAUGACUAGAAAAGUUAUCUGGUCAUCUAAUGCUUCAGUACCUGCUUCCACAAUGAAUGCCACAACUGGUUUACUAAUGGAUAGUGGAAACCUUGAGCUGAAAAACAUUUUGUGGCAGAGCUUUGAUCAUUCAUUUGACACGAUGUUGCCUGGCAUGAAGCUUAGCGUGAACAAAAGAACAGGCAAACAAAGGCUGCUUACAUCAUGGUCAGCACUUGGUGAUCCACAACCAGGAAAGUUCACUGCAGGCAUUGAUCCUGAAGUUCCCAGACAGAUAAUUACCUUGAAGGAAAAUGCUACAUAUUGGAGAACUGCUGUCUACUUUGGCAAGGACGCAAAAACAUACUUCAGAAAUCCAAGUGGAACCUUCUUUUUCAUUGCUCACAACAUUGAUAUUGACGAGAUUUAUUUUAGUUAUGGUGUCUCAGAUAACUCAGUGAAAUUGAGGUCUGUUUUGAAUCCAAAUGGGAUGCUUGUACUGCUUCUGUGGCAGUGGAAGGAUGACACUAGUACAUGGCGUCAAGUGUGGGGGGAGCCUGAGAAUAAAUGUGAUUUUUAUGCUCGAUGCGGUCCAGAUGGUGCUUGUGAUAAAAAUAGCAAUCCCCUCUCAUCACAGUGCAAGUGUUUGAAAGGUUUUAGGAUCAAAUUUCACAAACAAUGGGCUAUGAGGGAUUGGCCAGGAGGCUGUGUUCGGGAAAAGGCAUUGACAUGUGAUAAAGGAGAAGGGUUCUCAAAAUUUGAAAGGAUGAAACUACCAGAUCAUUCUAUUCUGUUAGGAAAUAAGAGUACGAGAGAGUGUGAAUCUGAAUGUCUUAAGAACUGCUCUUGCACAGCUUAUGCUUAUUCAAAUGUGACAGAAGGAAGUACUACAAAUUGUUUGGCAUGGUUUGGUGACCUGAUGGAUCUUGUAGAGAAUCAUGGUCUGGGGCAAACUAUUUAUAUUCGUGUUCAUCGCUCCGAUCAAUUAAAUCGAAAUGGUAAGGGUCAUGGUGAUAAGAGGUCCCUUGUAAUUGCUAUAGUCUCAGCAACAGCAGGAUUGGUUACAAUAAUUUUUGGCUAUUUCUUAUGGAAGAAAACUCUGAGAGAAGACGGGAGGAUAGGAGGAAGAAUGAGCCAGACAUUGAGUAAUAUUAGUGCUGGAGGUGGAAACAAUGAUACAGAGCUACCACUUUUCGACUUGCGGAGUAUAUUAGCUGCUACAGACAAUUUCUCUGAAGCUAAUAAACUGGGAGAGGGAGGAUUUGGCCCUGUUUAUAAGGGGACUCUGCUUGAAAAUCAAGAUGUAGCCAUAAAAAGUCUGUCAAAGAAGUCAGGGCAAGGACAUCAGGAGUUUAUGAAUGAGUUGAAGCUUAUAGCCAAGCUCCAACAUACCAAUCUGGUUAGACUCUUGGGUUGCUGUAUUGAAGAUGAGGAAAUGAUCUUGAUCUAUGAGUUCAUGCCCAAUCGAAGUUUGGACAAAAUUUUGUUUGAACCAUCUGAAAAUACAAAAUUGGAUUGGGGCAAACGCUUUCGAAUUAUAGAAGGUAUUGCUCAGGGACUGCUUUAUAUCCACAAGUACUCUAGAUUGAAAAUCAUUCACAGGGACCUAAAAGCAAGUAAUGUUCUGUUGGAUGGAACAAUGAACCCCAAGAUCUCAGACUUUGGGAUGGCAAGGAUUUUCGAGAUAAACAAAAUUGGAGCAAAUACUAAAAGGGUUGUUGGGACAUACGGCUAUAUGUCACCUGAGUAUGCCCUCUUUGGCCAUUUUUCAGAGAAAUUGGAUGUAUUUAGCUUUGGGGUGUUGCUUUUAGAGAUUGUAAGUGGAAAGAGGAAUGCUGCUUUUUAUAGUGUUGAACAUUCGCAAACUCUUGCUGGUUGGGCUUGGGAGCUAUGGAAAGAAGGUAGAGGAAUGGAGUUGAUAGAUGCAUCAGUAAGGGAGACAUACCAGCCUCAUGAAGCUUUAAGGUGUAUCCAUGUAGGGCUUCUGUGUGUUCAAGAAGCUCCAGCUGAUCGACCAACAAUGUCUUCUGUGAUUCAUAUGCUGCAGAGCAAUGAAGCUUCAUCGCUUCCACCCACAAAAGAACCUGCUUUUUCAAGGCAUAGGAAUUCCAGUGCCGUUGGGUCUUCUUCUCAAACAUCUGCAAGUUUCUCCGACAAUGUGGUCACCAUUAGUAUGCCAGAAGGUCGAUAGCUUCA